AUGUCAUAUGCUCGACAGUCUUUCCCUCUCUCCAUCGAUACGGCCCAGAAUUCGGGAGUAGUCUAUGAAGGAUGGGUCCUCAAGAAGAGAAGGAAAAAGAUGCAAGGCUUUGCACGGAGGUACUUUGUCCUCGAUCGGUCAGGAUCCUUGUCCUACUCCAUCGAUCCAAAACGUCCCAUACGCGACCAGAUAUUCCUCCCUCAUGCUGCGUUGUCCACUGCUGUUGGUCGUAAAGAUAUACACGUAGACUCGAGUAAUGCCACGUUUCAUAUCAAGUGUUUGACCGCAGAUGACUUUAAUACAUGGUUAACUGCAAUAAGACAGUUUGUCCUUCCCGAGGGACGACGGUCCCUUGCAGGAAAGAUCACACCUCGGCUGAGUCAACCCCACUUUAACAGUUCUGGGAUUAUAGCUGAAGGAAUUGGCUCUACAAUAUCUGAGUUAGAAGCUGCUUUUUCUGCCCUCCAAUCCGAAAGUACACAUGAGAGGAGUCACCCUUCACUGAAGUCCAAGUCAGAGAAGGAUAAACAUCAUCACCAUCCCAAAGAUGUCUUCAACAUGUUCAAAAAAUCCCAUCAGGUUAACGAGGAUGGCACGCUACCAAAGAGCAAUCCUGAUUCUCCGUCGAACAUUCGCUUUCAACAAAUCAACACAGCCCUUGCAUCUCUUAAGUCACAACAUGCUGCCCUACUCAAGUCCUUAGCGCAUGAUGUCACAGCACCACCGACAGCUCGCAGCUCUCCUCUUCCUCCUACUACAGAAGAAAAGGAAGAAGAACCUCUCUCAACUUCACGCUUCAACACAACACUCUCUCGUAGAUCAAACUUAGCGAUCUCCAUGUCGAGUCUGAGCGACAAUGCACAUAACGAAUGGUUUGACGCCGAAGAGGAUCUAGGCGAGGAGUUUUUCCUGGACGUGCCCAACCCAGAUGAGGAGAGGGAGCCCAUAGUUCCCCAAUCCGAAACUAGCAGCUUAAAUCAAACCGCAUCCAGCGAUGAGGAGCAUUCCCUACCUCUGGCCCAUGAUACAGACCCCUCCGUGAACGCUGCUCGUCAAGUGGUACGACGGACGCGUUUACCUUCGGGACCGAUCGGUGACGAGGGCAGUUUGUUCGCCAUUCUCAAGAACAAUGUCGGAAAGGACUUGACUACAAUCGCUCUUCCCCAGAAGAACUGGAAUAUUAUAACUUGCUACAUCAAGCAACUGAGGCUAAGGAUUCCUACUCAACGCUUAUGCCUCGUAGCCGCGUUCGCCGUGUCCGGGUAUGCACACACAAGAUAUCGGACCGGUCGCAAAGGCUUCAAUCCCAUGCUCGCUGAAACGUUUGAAGAUGUGCGAAUGAAGUUCCUGGCUGAGAAGGUGUCCCACAAUCCUGUCGUAAUUGCAUACCACGCAGAAGGCAAAGGCUGGGAAUUGAACGCAACGUCGGCCGGGAAGACCAAGUUUUGGGGCAAGAGCUUAGAAAUCAUUCCUCUUGGGACAACGCGGCUCAAAAUUGGGAAUGACAAGUAUGAAUGGAACAAACCUUCGUCAUUUAUGCGAAACCUGAUGAUGGGCACAAAGUACCUGGAACACUGUGGCAAGAUGACGAUCGAAAACACGACGAGUGGUGCAACUUGCGUCCUCGACUUCAAGCAAAGCGGGUAUUGGGGUGCAUCGAACGAAGUCUCUGGUAUGAUUCUCUCUCCAUCCCGUGACGUAACCGCCCGCAUAGAGGGCAAAUGGGACGAACAAAUCGCGCAGGCGAUCGACUCUUCCUAUUUGCAUGUCCUUUGGCGCAUUCACUCCAUUCCCGAAGAGUCCCCUCAAUACUAUGGCUUUACUGUAUUCGGCAUGACUUUGAACGAGAUCACGAGCGACCUCGAGGGCCGUCUGCCUCCUACGGAUUCACGAUUCCGACCCGAUGUGCGUGCACUAGAACAAGGGAACGACGUUGAGGCGGAGGCUCAGAAGACGCGUGUUGAGGAGAUGCAGAGGGAUAGGCGGAGACGUGGCGUAGAUCGAGCUCCGAGGUGGUUUAAGCAGGACGGGGAUGAGUGGACAUAUGUUGGAGGGUAUUGGGAGGCCAGGGCAAAGGGGUGGAAGAUUCCAGUCGAGCCACUUUGGUGA